CUCCGCGAGGCGCUGACGAGACCGAGCCAAGCCCAGAAACACCUGCAGCCCUCGCAGGUUGCUGAAUUGCACUCCCCACCGAGCGAAGUCGCACCCCACCAAGAGGAAUCGGAGAAAACAUGUUCGGAAACAAGUGAUGAUCCAGCUGACGAAAACCAAGAAUGAUGCGGAACAAUUUGACUUGAUCUACGUCCGCGAGAUGUUCGGCUCGAUACCUGAUUGGGAUGCGUUUCUCCGGCAAUGUUGGGCCUCUCUACGACCAGGUGGCUACAUAGAAGUUGUUGAGCAUUCGGUUACGCCCAUAUGGGACGAUGAUACCAGCCUGGGACCUAUCUACGCAUUAUGGGAGCAGACAAUGGCGCAGGUUGAGCAGGUAUCUGGCAGGAGUUUCUCGAUCUGGCGUGAAAGCACACAGGUGCUGGAGGGUAGUGGCUUCCAAGAUAUUACCAAAAGAUCUUACAAAUGGCCUAUUAGCGGAUGGAACACAGAUCCUCGAUUGCGCGAGUUAGGCCGACUAAAUCAACUUCGGCUUCUCCAGGCGAUCGAAGACAUAUUUCUUCGCCAUUUGACGUCGACCAUGGCAUGGCCCUACGAUGCGGUCCAGAAUUUUAUAGAGCGGAUACGUUCUACUAUAAGAGAUGAGCAGCGCCACCUCUACCAGCCAGUCACAGUUGUGUAUGGACGAAAACCAUGUCCCAGUUCCGAAAUACUUUAAAGAAUUCACGCUUCAGUUUCAUGUGACAAGGGUACAUAACACGAUCUAUAACCUACUUCUCAGCUGCAACCUUGCCAUCUGUCUCUAUUAACAGGAAUCGGACGCCGAUGUUUCCCAGAUCAGGUCGCGUGUACAUUCAUCUACAGCACUAUAGGAGAAUCUCUUGCUUGUUCACUGCUUCUAUCAGACCUAGUGCCAACUCCCUACCAUGUACCUGAUCAACCUUUCAAUCUCAAGCAUAUGAGACUAAAACCAGAAUUCAGGAGGCUAGAGACCCAAUUCACCACGCAUCAAUUCUCUCAC